UUAACUUUAUUAGAUGCAGCCGGCUUUUUGUAAACACUGUUCACUUAUAAGCUCUUACAAACUCGUCCUCGUCUUCUCAGAUCUGUCUCUUCUCACUGGCACAAACAGAGGGGGAGAGUAAUUUGCCAUAUUCAUGGCGACUAGAGUUUUUCUUCUUAUUCUACUACUUUUAUCAUGUGCAACUUCCAUCUUUUCGCUUUACGAAGAUCAAGUCGGCCUCAUGGAUUGGCAUCAACAGUACAUAGGCAAAGUGAAGCACGCAGUGUUUCACACACAAAAGACCGGUCGAAAGCGUGUGCUGGUAUCCACUGAAGAGAAUGUUAUUGCCUCGCUUGAUCUCCGUCACGGCGAGAUUUUUUGGAGACAUGUUCUUGGGACUAAUGAUGCUAUUGAUGGAAUUGAUAUUGCGUUGGGUAAAUAUGUUAUCACCCUUUCAUCGGAUGGAAGUAUUCUAAGAGCGUGGAACCUUCCCGAUGGGCAGAUGGUGUGGGAAUCUUUUCUUCGUGGUCCAAAGCACUCAAAGUCAUCAUUAAUGGUGCUGAAAACUUUGAAAGUUGACAAGGACAAAGUGAUCAUUGUCUCUGGUAAAGGAUGUGUUCAUGGUGUUUCAAGCAUAGAUGGUGAGGUUCUUUGGACAAAGGAUCUUGCAGCUGAAAGUGUAGAGGUUCAGCAGGUAAUUCCGCUUCAUGAUAGUGAUAAAAUAUAUGUGGUAGGUUUUGCCGGUUUAACUCAGUUUCAUGCAUAUGAAAUCAAUGCUAUGAAUGGGGAUUUACUGAAGCAUGAGACCACCGACUUUUCUGGUGGUUUUGUUGGGGAACUUGCAUUAGUUUCAAGUGAGACACUGGUGGCUUUGGAUACCACUCGAUCAAUUUUGGUGACAGUAAGCUUUAGAAAUGGGAAAUUAAACUUUCAUCAAACAUAUAUUUCAAGCCUUGUGAAGGAUUCUACAGGGAUAGCAAUGAUAUUACCUUCAACACUAACUGGGAUGUUUACUUUAAAAAUAAAUACCCUCAAGCUAAUUAUAAGAGUGACAGGCGAAGACCAGUUGGAGUUAGUGGAAAAAUUUGAUCAUGCAACAGUAGUUAGUGAUGUUCUCUCAAUCUCUGAAGACAAAGAAGCAUUUGCAGUGGUUCAGCAUGGAGGCAAUAAGAUUCACCUUCAAGUAAAGCUGAGUGAUGACUGGAACAGUGAUUUGGUUAAAGAAAGCAUUGAAAUGGACCAGGAAAGGGGGCUUGUCCAUAAGGUCUUCAUAAACAAUUAUAUCAGGACAGAUAGGUCUCACGGAUUUAGGGCCUUGAUUGUCAUGGAAGAUCAUUCACUUUUGUUACUGCAACAGGGUAAGAUUGUUUGGAAUAGGGAAGAUGCUCUUGCCUCAAUAAUAGAUGUCACAACAUCAGAACUCCCUGUGGAUAAAGCUGUGUCAGUGGCAAAAGGGGAGCACAACCUCAUUGAUUGGCUCAAGGGACACAUUCUGAAGCUUAAAGGGACCUUAAUGCUUGCAAGUCCUGAGGAUGUGGUAGCCAUACAAGCAAUUAGGUUAAAAAGUUCUGAGAAGAGCAAGUUGACCAGAGACCACAAUGGUUUUCGGAAGCUGCUUAUAGUACUUACUAAAGCAGGAAAAAUUUUUGCUUUACACAGUGGAGAUGGACGGGUUGUCUGGUCUCUUUUACUGCCUUCUUUGAGGAAAUCAAAAGUAUGUGAUUGUCCAACUGGGCUAAAUUUGUAUCAGUGGCAGGUCCCCCAUCAUCAUGCGAUGGAUCAGAACCCAUCUGUUCUUGUUGUUGGCAAGUGCGGAUAUAGUUCAAAUGCACCAGCUGUACUAUCAUUUGUUGAUACUUACACUGGAAAGGAGCUUAAUUCUUUGGAUCUUGGUCAUUCUGUAGUGCAAAUUAUACCACUGCCACUUACAGAUUCAACUGAACAGCGUCUUCAUCUACUAGUUGAUGCAGACAGGCGAGUGCAUUUAUAUCCCAGAACUCCUGAAGCUAGAACUAUUUUUCAACAAGAGUUCUCAAACAUAUACUGGUAUUCUGUUGAGGCUGAUAAUAGCAUUAUCAAAGGUCAUGUGAUAAAGAGAACUUGCAUUGGUGAGGUUGCUGAUGAUUUCUGCUUUGAGUCUGGGGAUUUAUGGUCAAUUGUAUUUCCUUUGGAGUCAGAAAAGAUCAUUGCAACUGUAUCAAGAAAAUCUAAUGAGGUGGUUCAUACUCAAGCAAAGGUUACAUCAGAUCAAGAUGUGAUGUAUAAAUAUAUAUCGAAAAAUUUGCUCUUUGUGGCUACUGUUUCUCCAAAGGCCAGUGUUGGAAUUGGAUCUGCUGACCCAGAGGAGGCAUCGUUGUUUGCAUAUCUUAUUGAUACUGUAACUGGCCGUAUUUUGCACCGCAUGACUCAUCAUGGUGCACAGGGUCCUGUUCAUGCUGUUUUUAGUGAAAACUGGGUUGUGUACCACUACUUCAAUCUUAGAGCACACAGAUUUGAGAUGUCGGUCAUUGAGAUUUAUGACCAGUCUAGGGCGGAAAACAAAGAUGUUUGGAAGCUUGUUGUAGGAAAGCAUAAUCUUACUGCACCUGUUUCUUCUUAUUCACGACCUGAGGUUGUAACAAAGUCUCAGUCCUACUUUUUCACCCAUUCUGUGAAAGCGAUAGCAGUGACGUUAACGGCAAAGGGUAUAACUUCAAAGCAGCUUCUUAUUGGUACAAUUGGUGAUCAGGUUUUGGCACUUGAUAAGCGUUUUGUGGAUCCUCGCCGAACAGUUAACCCCUCACAAGCAGAGAAAGAAGAAGGAAUCAUACCCCUUACAGAUUUUUUGCCAAUCAUUCCUCAGUCGUAUGUUACACAUGCCCUUAAAGUUGAAGGUCUCCGAAACAUAGUGACAGUGCCUGCUAAGCUGGAAUCAACAACCCUUGUCUUUGCAUACGGAAUGGAUCUCUUUUUUACUCAGCUUGCACCCUCCAGGACCUAUGAUUCACUCACAGAGGAUUUUAGUUAUGCUCUACUGCUCAUUACAAUCAUUGCCCUUGUCGCGGCUAUCUUUGUGACAUGGAUUUUGUCGGAGAGGAAAGAACUGCAGGAUAAGUGGAGGUGAGAUAGUCGUUAUGGUUAGCAUGUCUGUGCCCUAAUAGGUUUUUUUAGCAUAAAUUGCAUUUUGAUUGGAUCUAUUCACUGCUGACUUGUAAGUUUUCAUAAUCUUGUAGCAUCUCCUCUUCAAAAAGCAUUUUUGUCACCGUUUUACAAUGGAAUAUUUAUAAUUUAUUUCACAUCUUGAUUAUAUCCUUC